AUGGCACCACACAUGAACGACCAUGAGUUCAUAGGAGCAAGAUGUCCUGCAACCACUACAUUGACAUCUCCCGUCUCAGAGGAUGAUAUUGCUAUUGUAGGAAUGGCGUGCCGCCUUCCUGGAGGUGCCACCUCGCCAUCCAAAUUAUGGGACUUACUUGUCAACGAGCGUUCCGCCCAAGGAGAUAUUCCUAAUUCUCGGUUUAAUAUAGACGCUUUCUACCACCCAGAUGGGUCUAAGCGGCCAGGAGCUAUGCACAUGAAAGGCGGCUACUUUCUGCAGGGCGAAGAUAUUCGAAAUUUCGAGAAUGAAUUCUUUGGAAUCAACAAUAUGGAGGCCAAAUACAUGGAUCCUCAGCAGCGAAAGCUCCUAGAGGUGGUCUUUGAAUGCUUUGAGAGUGCCGGCCUACCUCUGGAAACAGUAUCUGGUGCCAACAUUGGAUGCUAUGUUGGAAAUUUCACCGUCGACUUCCAGCUCAUGCAACUGCGUGAUGCCGAAUACAUGCACCGUUAUACAGCAACAGGGAUGGGAACGACCAUUCUAGGGAACCGGAUAAGCCACACAUUCAAUCUCAAAGGCCCAAGCUUGGUCAUUGAUACCGCCUGCUCUUCAUCAUUAUAUUGUCUUCACAUGGCGUGUGCCGCUCUGGAAGCCGGUGAAUGUGAGGCGGCGAUUGUGGCUGGUGCUAAUCUAAUUCAAACCCCGGAGCAACAUUUAGCAACAAUGAAGGCUGGUGUUCUAUCCCCAACAUCAACUUGCCACACAUUCGCCGAUACCGCCGACGGUUAUGGUCGGGCAGAUGGGGUUGGGGCUCUGUACGUUAAAAAACUUGGGGCUGCCUUGCGAGACGGAGACCCCAUCAGGUCAAUCAUCCGAGCGAGUGCUAUAAAUGCAAACGGGAGGACAGCGGGUAUCACGCUUCCAAGCAGCAUCGGGCAAGAAGAGGUCAUCCGGAAGGCAUAUUCUAAAGCCAGAUUGUCUCCAAAUGACACGGCCUAUGUGGAAUGUCAUGGUACUGGAACCGCAGUAGGUGAUCCAAUUGAGGUGGAAGCCGUGUCCCGGGCUUUCAAGCGUUCUCCAGGGUCGGUGGCUACUUUGAUCGGGUCAGUGAAAACCAACCUCGGACACAGCGAAGCUGCUAGCGGUAUAUCCAGCAUUAUCAAGGGUACUCUAGCCCUCGAGAAUGGGUUCAUUCCCGCAACCAUUGGUGUUCAGCGUCUCAACCCCAAAAUCAAAUCGGACUUGUGGAAUGUGCAGGUGGUCACAAAAGGGCGUGCAUGGCCGGUCGAAGAAUACAGAAAUAUCCGCCGAAUGGGUGUGAAUUCAUUCGGAUACGGAGGCGCCAACGCCCAUGUUAUCCUUGAAGCUGCUUCAUCGCUGCCAAUACGGGUUUCAUCCCCAGUCGGAACGACCCGCUCUCUCCAAAAACGUACCACGUUCCUGUUUCCCUUGUCCGCAAGGACACCCACGUCUUUGCAAGCCCGGUGCCAAGACCUGGCAGACUACGAUAUUUCUGGCAAGUCACUAGUUAACCUCGCGUAUACUCUUGGAGAGCGCCGAUCUCAGCUCAAUACCCGUGGAUAUUUGGUCGCCAACCUGGAUAACAUUCAAGAAAAAUUAAGGAACGGAGACCUUAUAACACCAAAGGGAGACUCUAGCCAACCUCCCCUGCAAUAUGCAUUUGUGUUUACUGGGCAGGGUGCUCAAUGGCCACAGAUGGGUGCGGAGCUUCUCGAUGAGUUUCCUGUUUUCCGUGCUGCUCUGCUGGACCAAGAUGCAGUGCUGCAAUCUCUACCUAAUCCACCCUCGUGGACUUUACGCGACGCCAUUCUUGAGCCCGGGAUAACCAGCCUGAUCCAUGAUGUUACUCGGUCACAGCCGGUUUGUACUGCUAUACAAAUGGCCCUGGUUGAUCUGCUACGGUCAUGGACAAUUUCUCCAGUUAGCGUACUUGGUCAUUCAUCCGGCGAGAUCGCAGCGGCAUAUGCGGCGGGUCAUCUUUCACGCGCGCAAGCCAUUAUCGCUGCGUAUUAUCGAGGACUGACUGUCAAGUCUCUUCAAUCUUUGGGUGCUAUGGCAGCUGUUGGAUUAUCAAGAGAUUCAGCUGAUGUGGAGAUUAGGAAAGCUGGACUGCAGGAUCAAGUCCGCGUGGCCUGCAUCAAUUCUCCGGAAAGUGUCACACUUUCUGGCGAUGAAUCAGCUGUGAACCUUAUGAUUGCCGCGUUGGAAGCGCGAAAAAUCUUUGCAAGGAAGCUCAAAACGGAUGGCCGUGCAUACCACUCACACCAUAUGCUUGCCAUAGGCAAUGAGUACGAGAGCCUGGUAAGCUCUGCAUUUGAUGACCAUCGUAAGGGCUUCUUCAAAUAUGCUCAAGAGGCAUCAUUCUUUUCUUCAGUGACAGGAAAGCUCAAAAUUGAUUCGUUCACUCCAGCAUACUGGCGUGAGAACCUUGAGAAGCCGGUGCGCUUUGUGGACGCGGUCAGCCAAAUGGCAGGGUCUGGCGCUCAUCAAAUCAUCGAGCUGGGUCCUCACUCCGCGCUUGAACUGCCGAUCAAGCAGAUUCGCGAUCAUUUGAAGCUACUUCCUAAUCAGCUACCAUAUGCCAGUGCCCUCACGAGGGGGAAGAAUUCGACUGAAAGCGUGCUCUCGCUGGUAGGCCAUCUCUGGAUAAACAACCACCCCAUCCAAAUGUCACUAGUGAAUCACCCAGUCUAUGAAGGCAAAGCUCGUGGACCGCAUCCGCACGUACUUCAUGAUCUGCCGCCGUAUCGCUGGGAGUACGACGCUAUUCUUUGGAAUGAAUGCCGCCAGAGCUCUGAGUUCCGCUACCGCAAGUAUUCCCGACAUGAACUUCUCGGAUCCAAGCUGGCAGCAGGCAGCGAGGCAGAGUAUGUCUGGCGCAAUAUGCUUCAUGGUGAUGACGUCCCAUGGUUGUUGGAUCACUGCCUAGAGGAAACUGCCGUGUUUCCAGGAUCAGCAUACAUGGCCAUGGCUGCGGAGGCAGUAGGCCAAGCUCUUGAUCAGCCCCGCUUGGCUGCCCAUAGGAUUCAAUUCAAGAAUGUUCACUUCCUCUCCGCCAUGAAGAUUCCGACCUCACAGGAUCAGCCUGUGGAACUGUUCACUUCUUUACGUCGAACCCCUAAUACUAAGACAACGGAGUCAAAGAUCUGGUGGGACUUCAACAUUUCAACACACGAGAGUGCAGCCAGCACCAUCCGUGCCACAGGUUCCAUCAGUUUGUCAUAUGCCCGAGAGCCUAUGCUCCCAGUCUCUGACAUGAGCGUUUCAGAGCUUGAGCCCUCCGCAGUCCGUAUCUGGUACGAGCGAUUUUCGAAUGAGGGACUUAAGUACGGUCAGAAUUUCAGCGCUAUCACCCAUAUAUCUGUCCCUCGUGCUCGCACCCAGAGAGUAUGCACCGCCCAGGCUCCAUUUAUUCAGAGAUCUCCUGGAAGUGAAGACCUCGAGGCAGAGUAUGCCUUCCAUCCAAUUCUAGUGGACGUCAUGGUUCAGGCAGGAAUCAUUGCUACCGCUGCUGGGCGCACGCGAGAGAUGAAAGCAUUCGUACCUACCACUAUCAGGUCAGCAACAUUCCAUAAUCCAAGCGGGAUGGUUUCGGAGACAGAUUGUUACAUAAAUGCCACUGCCUCCGUACGUGGGCUUGGGGCUGCUAGCUUCCAGGCAGAUCUCGUCACUGCUCAAAAUCAGGUGAUUGCCCAGAUUGAAUUCGGUCGCCUACGCCAGUAUGAGCCAAACCGUGCAUCGGACAACGCUUUGAUUGCUCGCCAUCCCAUGCUUCGUGUUCUAUGGAAGCCCCAGAUAUACGGCACGGAGUUCAUGCAAGCGCAGGCCUUUACCCGCUACCUUGACAAUUUCGUAGAGGAAGCGCGGUCUCCCGUUAAGGACGAGGGACUGCUCAAGCUAGGUGCCACGAUAAAUUUGCUGUCACAUCGAAACCCGCGGCUGCGUAUUCUGGAGCUGGAAUCUAGCAACCGAGAUUUCACCAUCGCGGUGCUGGCCCUUCUGUACGCCGACAAUGACUACCGCCGCCUUGCCUCCUACAGUACGGGAUAUCUGGAUGACAAGGGCAGUCUGCGUGCAGUGGACUGGGACUUGACUUCGAACAAAAUGACAAAGGUACUUGAUCCUUCUCUUGCUCCUGUCAUCGAGAAGGAGUGGGACUUGAUUCUGCUCUCGGAUACCAUAUCAGCCAGCCAGUAUUUACGUGACGAGCUGGACCGUCUGACUGGGUUCCUGUCACCUGAUGGUGUUGUACUUGCCAAACCAAGACUUCACUGCUGUCUCAAUGGACAAGCCGGUCACUCCUUUGAUACACUGCGCUCAACGCUUCACGAGGACUUCGCAGAAAUAAUGCUAGUCCGCCCCGGUCAAAGCUUUUCACUACAGACGGCGAUCGGGGAGAAGUCUAUAAUCGUCAUUGAGAGGGAGCCGAGUGCAUUAGGUAGCGCCAUGGUUGCAAAGGUGAAUGGUAUUCACUUGAACUUUGACAAGAUCAAUGCUGGCUCCGCUCACCUUCUAGCUGGGGCCACGAUCAUCUCGCUGGUUGAAGCAAGUAAUUCUCUCCUUGCUAAAAUCAGCAGCGAGGAAAUGGACGUGCUGAAACUACUCACUGAUAAUGCUUCUACUAUUUUAUGGGUCACUAAUGGUGACAUGUUGAGCGGGGCGCGCCCAGACUUCGCCCUAGUUGCCGGCUUAUCCCGUGCACUGAUGUUAGAACAGCCUGCACUCCAAUUCCUCACUUACGAUAUCGACGAUCCCAACAAUGACCCGAGCCGUACUGCCCACAAUAUCUUUGGUGUUAUCUUAGGUCUUGACGAGGCGCUGGCUGACUAUGAAUACGUGGAAAAGAAUGGAGUGGUGCACAUCAGUCGCUUUACUCCAGACAACGAUCUCAAUAGCGCGUUUCGACAGAAGCAAGGGUCAGAGAAAGUUGAUUUGUCUUUGCAGCAAGCUCGACCAGUGCAAAUUGCACUCGAUCAACCAGGUCAGUUUGACGAUAUAUACUUCAAGCAAAUCGAGCUUCCAGGGACCCUGGCACCGAAGGAGGUUCAGAUUCAAGUCAAAGCAGUGGGCUUGAAUGCAAAGGAUCUGUACGCUCUAGCAGGGAAAGUCGAUACUCCCAAUGCCACUUGCACAUUGGAGUACAGCGGCAUUGUUGAGCGAGUUGGGGCUGAGGUCAAGGACCUACACGUUGGCGACCGUGUGGUGGUCAUGGCUCCCGGGCAUUUCAAGUCUUCGGAAAUUGUUCCCGAGUGGGCGUGCAAGAAAUUGAAGAGUGAUGAAGAUUUUGCAACCAUGUGCACUCUCCCACUUGUUUACUCCACUGCCAUCUACGCACUGACUAUGCGAGCUCGGCUACAGCCAGGAGAAUCAGUCCUCAUUCAUUCCGGUGCUGGAGGAGUCGGUAUUGCAGCUAUUCAGAUUGCCCAAAUGAUGGGUGCAGAGGUCUUCACUACCGUUUCAACUGACGAGAAGAAGAAUUUCUUGGUCAACACUUUUGGCCUUGACCCAAGCCACAUUUUCACCUCCCGCGAUGAUUCAUUCGCAUGCGGCGUGCUGAAUGCAACUUCGAGUAAGGGAGUGGACGUUGUCCUCAAUUCCUUGACCGGCGAUUUACUCCACGCGAGCUGGCGAUGCUGUGCAGCAUUUGGUCGCUUUAUCGAGAUUGGCAAGCGAGACAUACUUGACGAUGGGCGGUUAGAAAUGAACGGCUUCCUGAACAACUCAACAUUUUCCGCAUUCGAUCUUGCGGACCUCUACAAUCAUCCCAGCGAACAGUACCGCGAAAUAUGGUCCGGUCUUCUCAAUCAAGUCAUAGAGCUCUAUCGCUCGAAUCGAAUCCAGAAGAUUGAGCCAAUCCGCGUAUUCGACGUGUCGGAGAUCGGCAGCAGUCUGCGGUACUUCUCGUCUCGCGCUCGCAUCGGAAAGGUUGCCAUUAGCCUUGAGAAAGAUUCCACCGUCAUACCUGUGCAGGUCUCUAAGUAUUGUACAACGUUCUCACCCCAAAAGACCUACCUCAUGAUCGGGUGCCUGGGUGGGCUUGGCCGUAGUAUGGCAAAAUGGAUGAUGUCGCGAGGGGCUCGAAAAUUUGUUUUUCUGGGUCGAUCCGGUACGGACAAGCCCAGUGCGCGGCGUCUUGUGGAAGACCUUACCCUGAGUGGCGCAAAGUGCAAAGUCGUUCGCGGUGACAUCUGCAACAGAGCUGACGCUGAUGCUGCUGUUGCGGCUGUGGAUGGAUUAAUCGGGGGUGUCAUACAAGCCGCGAUGGGUCUAAAUGAAGCUAUUUUCACUGCCAUGUCGCACAAUCACUGGCACACCGGUAUUGAUCCCAAGGUUCAAGGAUCUUGGAAUUUGCACCAUGCUAUCAAGGGCAAGGAUUCAGAGCUAGAAUUCUUCUUGAUGACAAGUUCUGUAUCUGGUAGCGUUGGUACGGCCACAGAGUCAAAUUACUGUGCCGGCAACUACUUCCUAGACAUGUUUGCACGCUAUCGUCAGGCUCAAGGCCUCCCUGCGCAAGCAAUUGGCCUUGGUAUGAUAAGCGAAGUCGGCUAUCUCCAUGACAAUCCCGAAAUCGAGGCUUUACUUGUCCGGAAAGGUAUUCAGGCAAUCAAUGAAGACGAGCUUCUUCAGAUCGUGGACAUUGCGCUAUCUAAGGAUCAACUCACUAUUCCGCACCCAGUCGAUCAUCUCGCCAAAUCACAUGUGCUCACGGGUCUCGAGCCCUUUGGGCUCAUGGAUCUGCGCAGGAAAGGCUUUGAGGUUACAAACAUUACUUUCCGGGACCCUCGAGCCGCUAUACUGGCGCGCGUCAUGGAUGGUGACGAUGAUGAAUCACAAACUAUGCGGAAGGGUGAUUUGUUAGCAGAUGUGCUGGAAGAAGGUAUUCCCUUUGAAGAGGCCAUUCAGAAGAGUGUUGCCGGUCGGCUAGGUAAUUUGGUACUCUUGCCGCUAAAAAAGGUGCAAGUCAACAAGCCUUUGGUGCAAUUCGGCAUGGACAGCAUGAUUGCAUCUGAGUUCCGAGCAUGGAUCUUCCGGGUAUUCCAGGUGGAUAUUCCAUUCCUGGAGUUCUUGAGCAAAACUGUCACAGUGUCUUCGCUAUCGACCAGUAUCACCCAGGCUCUCAGUAGCCUUCAGUCAUAG